AUGGCAGCAGACAGGAUUUCAGACACGAACUUUGAGGGUUCGAUUUUCAGAGAAAAGUGGAAUCUUGGCAGCCUCUUUGAAAGGAAGCUUGUAGGUCAGGAAGCGCAGUUCAGGCAAGAGAUGAUCACUCACAACAAAACCCCCUGUAAGGAGAGUUCAUCCCUCACAGUUCACCAGAGAAUCCAUACUGGAGAGAAGCCCUACAAGUGUAGUGAAUGUGGGAAAGCCUUCAGUGAUGGCUCAUCCUUUGCCCGACACCAGAGGUGUCACACUGGCAAGAAGCCCUAUGAGUGCAUUGAGUGUGGAAAAGCUUUCAUCCAGAACACGUCCCUUAUCCGCCACUGGAGGAUUCACACUGGAGAAAAACCUUACAAAUGCGACGUGUGUGACAAGGCCUUCCGGUAUGGCUCGUCCCUUACUGUGCAUCAGAGAAUCCACACUGGAGAAAAACCCUAUGAGUGUGAUGUUUGUAGGAAAGCCUUCAGCCAUCAUGCGUCCCUCACGCAACACCAAAGAGUGCACUCUGGAGAAAAGCCUUUCAAGUGUAAAGAGUGUGGGAAAGCUUUUAGGCAGAACAUCCACCUGGCUAGCCAUUUGCGGAUUCACACUGGAGAGAAGCCCUUUGAAUGUGGAGACUGUGGAAAAUCUUUCAGCAUCAGCUCACAGCUAGCCACUCACCAAAGGAUUCACACCGGAGAGAAGCCCUACGGAUGCCAGGUGUGUAGUAAAGCCUUCACCCAGAAGGCUCACCUGGCCCAGCACCAGAAAACUCACACAGGAGAGAGACCCUAUGAGUGUAAGGAGUGUGGCAAAGCCUUCAGCCAGACCACACACCUUAUCCAGCACCAGAGGGUUCAUACUGGAGAGAAGCCCUAUAAAUGCAUCGAAUGUGGCAAGGCCUUUGGGGACAAUUCAUCCUGUACGCAGCAUCAAAGGCUUCACACUGGUCAGAGACCUUAUGAAUGCAUUGAGUGUGGGAAGGCAUUCAAGACCAAGUCCUCCCUGAUUUGUCAUCGCAGAAGUCACACUGGAGAGAAACCGUACGCAUGCGGUGUGUGUGGAAAGGCCUUCAGCCAUCGACAGUCCCUAAGUGUCCAUCAGAGAAUUCACUCUGGAAAGAAGCCGUACGAGUGCCCGGAAUGUAGGAAAACCUUUAUCCAAAUCGGACACCUGAACCAACACAAAAGGGUUCAUACGGGCGAGAGAGCCUCUCACUGUAAGAGAACCGUCUCGCAGGUACCCGACGGAGGGGCGGGCGUGGAUGAAGAAAAAUACGUACAAAAGGAAAGAACUGAGGACAGGACCCAAGCUGAUGGCGAGUGA